AUUCCACAUCCCUCUUUCCUCAUUCACAAGCAAUAACCUCCAUUUAUACAUACAUCAAUAUCUGUAUCUAUAUCUAUGCAUAUGUCAUAAAAUAGCACUAACCGACACGUUCUUCCACCGUUAUUCCCCGCGUUGAUACCGUAUACUACACUUUCCUUACAUAACAAAUAAUUUUCUAUAAAUAGACAUUCUUUAUCCAUCAAAUAGAUUCAUUUCAUAUAAACUUUAAACCCCACAACUCACUGAUUUCUUUUCUGGCUAAUAGUUUAGAUAUAAGUUUAAGUUUGAGAUGGAUCAGACAGCUGAGCAUGUUGCCAAGGAAGAGGUUCAUUUGAAAACUGAGUGCAAGAUAAAAGGAACAGAUGAAGAGAAAGUAGUAGAAGAACUCGACAUAAAGAUUAAGUCUGUUGAGAAAGAGAAUCCAGAACACAAGGAAGAUAGUGAUGAUAAAUGCAAGGAGAAAGAUGAGAAAGAAGCAAAGGGAGAAGAGAAGAAGAAAACGAAUAAGAAAGAUAAAAAGGAAAAGGAAUCUGAGGAAGAAGAUGAGAACGCUGACGUGAAAGACAAGAAGAAGAAAGAUAAGAAGAAAAAGGAGUCUGGGGAGGAAGAUGAGAAUGCUGAUGUGAAAGAAAAGAAGAAAGACAAGAAGAAAAAGGAGUCCGAGGAGGAAGAUGAAAAUGCUGACGUGAAAGAAAAGAAGAAAAAGAAAGAUAAGAAGGGAAAGAAGAAGGAUGAUGCCGGAGAAUCAGAGGAAGGGGAUGAAGAGACAAAAAAGAAGAAGAAAGAUAAGUCGAAAAAAUCUGAUGAUAAAGAUCAUGAUGGAGAGGAUAAGAAGAAAAAAGAAAAGAAGAAGAAAGAAAAUGACAAUGACGAAGAAGAAAAGAAGAAAGACAAGAAAGAUAAGAAAGAAAAGAAAGGUAAAGAUAAAGAAGAUGAUGAACAUGGUAAAGAGAAGAAAAAAGAUAAGAAGAACAAAGACGAGACAAGUGAUAAAACAUGCGAUACUGAAGUUGCAUCAAGAGAGAUCGAAAUAGAUGGAGAGGCUAAAGAAGUUAAGGGGGAGAAAACCGGUAAGGAGGAAGUGAAGGCAAGCAAGGACAAGAAAGGGAAAGACAAGAAAGAUAAGUUGGAUAAAAAGAAUCUCGAUGCAAAAUAUAAGGAUGUCACCAAGUUGAAACUUAAAUUAGAGAAAUUGGAUACCAAAAUUGAAGCUCUACUAGAGAAAAAGGCCGAAAUACUGAAGUUAAUAAAGGAAAAGGAGGAAAGCCAUGGACCUGUUAAGGAGUCCACAAAGACCAUUGAUGCUGCUGCAGAAGUGGAAUAAAGCUUCUGCAAUUAGUCAGGUGGCACAAUGGUACCACGCUCUCCUUGAAUGUUUUCUUCUGGGCAGUAAUAUAUAUCUACAUAUACAUAUAUAUAAUAUGUUAAUUUGUAACGUGUAAAAGCUUUUUCAUCAUGAUUAAUAUAGUGGUUAUGGUUAAAAGUC